UAGGGCGCUGGUCGGCUCCGAAACCCCGAAGAAGAGGAAGAAGAAGACCGUAGAAGAAGUGGAGUGGACGUAUCAACGAUUGAGGCCGAGGCGAUUUGACUUAGCCAGCGGAAAGGAAAACCGUUAUCGGCGAAGGGUGUCCAAACUAAAAAUCCACGAGAGGACUUGAGUCCCAAAAUACGAAAAAGGUCAAAACAUUGUUGAAGACAAAUAGAGGACAAAAAGAGAAAAAUGGCCUCUUCAGCGGUUGCUAAAUCCUCUAAGUACACGUAUCGCUCUACCGGUGGUGCGGGUACUGCCGAUGUUAGCAUCGAAUAUAGCGCCGACCUGAGCGCUCUCAGCAGACUCGAGGACAAAAUCCGCCUACUACAGGAUGACCUGGAAUCUGAGAGAGAGCUGCGUCAGAGGAUCGAACGCGAGCGCGCUGAUUUAAGCGUGCAAGUCAUCCAAUUGUCCGAACGUCUCGAAGAGGCUGAGGGUGGCGCCGAAUCUCAAUUUGAGAUUAACAAGAAGAGGGACACGGAAUUGGCCAAGCUGCGUAAACUACUCGAAGAUGUACAUCUUGAGAGUGAGGAGACCGCACAUCUCUUGCGCAAAAAGCAUCAGGAAGUCGUCGUCGACUUUCAAGAUCAGAUUGAUCAGCUUUCUAAAGCACGUGCCAGAGCUGAUAAGGAAAAAUCGAAAUUUAAGACGGGUCUCCUCGCUCAACUUGACAAUGUUACUAAAGAAAAGUUGAUGUCAAUAAAAACAGUCGAGAAACUCGAGAUACACAUAUCUGAAUUGAACGUCAAAAUCGAGGAAUUAAACCGUACGAUUGUCGAUAUCACUAGUCAUAAAACUCGGCUGUCUCAAGAGAAUAUUGAAUUAGUCAAAGAGGUGCAAGAUCUCAAGGUGAACAUCGAGAACGUUACCUAUCUAAAGACGCAAAUCGCGGGUCAACUUGACGAUGCUCGUCGUCGUCUUGAAGAUGAAGAACGUCGUCGUGCGUUGAUCGAAGCUUCUUUGCACCAGGUCGAAGUGGAAUUGGAAUCCGUUCGCGUCCAGUUGGAAGAAGAAUCUGAAGCACGUCUAGAUAUCGAACGUCAAUUGGUCAAAGCUAAUGGAGAAGUCUCAGUAUGGAGGUCAAAGUAUGAAACCGAGGCUAACGCUCGUAUCGAAGAGGUAGAAGAACUUCGUCGCAAAUAUUCUGCUCGCAUCCAAGAACAAGAAGAACAAAUCGAAACCUUGCUUGUAAAGAUCAAUAAUCUCGAGAAGCAGAAAUCGCGCUUGCAAUCUGAAGUAGAGGUCUUGAUUAUUGACUUAGAAAAGGCCAAUGGAACUGCUCGUGAACUUCAAAAACGUGUUGAACAUCUUGAGAAGAUCAAUAUAGAAUUAAAGACUCGCUUGGACGAAUCCCUCGCCAUGUAUGAGCAAAGCCAGCGCGAUCUUCGCAAUAAACAACAAGAACUGCAACGUGUAAAUGCUGAACUCGAUAAGACUCGUGAAUUGAAAGAUCAAUUGGCCCGUGAGAACAAGAAACUUGGAGAUGACCUUAGCGACGCAAAGAAUCAAUUGGCUGACAUGAAUCGCAGACUCCAUGAAUUAGAGUUGGAACUUCGCCGAUUGGAGAAUGAACGCGAAGAAUUAGCUGCUGCCUACAAGGAAGCUGAAGCAGUGAGUAACCAAUCAUAUUCCAAGCGAAUCGCUUCAAAAUCAUCUUUACCAGAACUUGAAAAAAGAAUAGAAUUACCUGAAUUACCCUGGUCUGACAGCAAAGUUUUGUGGGAAGACAAAAAAGUGCAACCCUAUACGAGAGAUGAUCUUAUUAAAUAUGCAAUUGACGCUGAGGACGAAGCCAGAGAUCACCUAUCUCGUUUUAAGAUAGCAAAUCGCUCGGACUUCAGCCUGGCCAAGACCGUGCAGGCCAGCCGCGUGACCAAGGAGAUUUUUCCACGUACUGGAAAGGACCUGAAAAGACUACCCAUGCCGUUGAUGUUUGCCAGCACUCGUGCCCGCAGCGAGAUGAAGGAGAUCCAGCAAGAAGCGAUAAGCAAUAUUAAGCUGCAGGCGUUGAAAGAUGUUCGGAUGAUGACCGAGGUGAAUGACGCGUUGAAGCAUGCUAAAAGUCUUCGUGGAAAAUCUGCGAAAGCAAUAGAAUUUCAUCUGAGGACAGAAGCGCUGAAGAAUCUGUCCAAGAGCCAGGAGUUGGCUGAUAUCCGGAAAUUUCAAAAGGAAACCGUGAAUUCUCUCUGGGACGACACGGUACGCAGCAGAUUGAUGAACGAAAGGGCCAAGGUUCUAAUUGAUGAGGACAAGUUGACGCAGCCACUUAAUACGCUCAGCAGAGAGCUGCGCGGAUUCGAGCAGAAGUCCAACAAUUAUUUUCUAGAUAAGAGAAUAUUUAUUAAAACAGAGAGAAUAAAAAGUCUAUUUGAUAUGUUUACAUCGAAUGAAAUUAAUAGUAAACAGACCAGCAUCGAAAUCGAGCAGCUAAAUGCCCGCGUGGUGGAAGCUGAGACGAAGUUAAAGACCGAAGUUCAGCGUAUAAAGAAGAAGCUCCAGAUUCAAAUCACCGAGCUCGAAUUGUCCUUGGAUGUCGCCAACAAGAACAACAUUGAUUUGCAGAAGACUAUUAAGAAGCAGUCUCUCACUUUGACGGAAUUACAAGCUCAUUACGACGAAAUACAGCGCCAGUUGCAAGUAACCCUGGAUCAAUUGGGCAUUAGUCAACGUCGUCUCCAAUCAUUGACGGCUGAGCUCGAGGAAGUCCGCGGUAAUUACGAAUCUGCCCUGCGUGCAAAGAGAACUGUUGAGCAACAAUAUGAGGAAUCGGUUAGCCGCAUCAACGAGCUAACUACAAUCAAUGUAAACCUCGCUUCAUCAAGGGCUAAACUGGAGCAAGAACUAGCCACUUUGGCUGGAGAUUACGAAGAGGUCACUAAAGAAUUGCGAGUUAGCGAUGAGAGAUAUCAGAGAGUACAGAAUGAACUCAAGCAUACCGUUGAGAUUCUCCAUGAGGAACAAGAGCGUAUUGUCAAAAUUGAGGCUAUCAAGAAAUCGCUGGAGAUUGAGGUAAAAAAUUUGUCCGUGAGAUUGGAAGAGGUUGAGGCUAACGCCAUUGUUGGAGGCAAGCGCAUCAUCAGCAAGCUCGAAGCCAGGAUUCGUGAUCUGGAACUCGAGUUGGACGAAGAAAAACGUCGACACGCUGAGACUGUAAAGAUACUUCGUAAGAAGGAGCGUAACAUUAAGGAGGUAAUGAUUCAAGUUGAAGAGGAUGCGAAGAACAUCGCUCUGCUGCAGGAAUCAUUUGACAAAGCAUCCCAGAAAGUUAGCAUCUACAAGAGACAGCUGCAGGAACAAGAAGGCAUGUCCCAACAAAGUGUCACCAGGGUCCGCCGAUUCCAAAGAGAACUCGAGGCCGCGGAGGAUCGCGCCGACACGGCAGAGAGCAAUUUGAGCCUGAUCCGCGCCAAACACCGCAGCUUUGUCACCACUUCAACCGUGCCCGGUUCCCAGGUAUACCUCGUCCAGGAGACGAGGCAGGAUCUGUAAAAUAAUCACCGUCAUCUUACCCUUUGCCACUUCGAACGUCGUCGUCUUUAUAAACGCACAAUUGAACAUCCUACGAGAAAAGAAGAAAGAAGAGGAUGCGAUCAAUCAUCACAAAAAGGCCGAGAAAGAGAGAGAGAAAGAGAGAGAAAGAGAAAGAGUUUUCAACGGGCCGCAAACGUGUUAUUUUCAAGGGGUUUAAAUUGGAGCAACCAGAAUACGCACCUAUAAACAUAUGAAUAUCGAUACGAAUAUAGUGCUCACUGUCACGUAACGACCCGUCGUAAAUUCGAAAUUACUUGGCCAACGAAAUGCGAUACAUCGCAACGAAAACAUUACAUUAAAAAAAAAAUUAAUGCUCACUAUUUAAGAGAUUUAUUAAAGAGAUUUAUCAAAAACGUUAAAAUUAUAAGAAUCAAUAUAUUGUUUAAUAAAUGAUUAAAUAAAAUUUAACGAUCUUCUCGUCCCAAUUAUGUGAAUAUAAUCGAACGUAAGAGCAGAGAAAAUAUAAAAAGUUCAAGAAGAAAACAAUGGUAAUUUACGUCCUUCUAUACGCGCGUGUCGCAAUUGUAUUUAAAUGAAUAAUUUUAAUUCUAUUCUAUUACUAUAUAGAUAGGUAACUAUUGCCCAUAUACAUGACUCUCACUAUACAACAUACACAAUAACCUGUGUCAACAUUAAUUUAAUAAAUAAAGUGAAACACGUACGUACGAAAA